CACGGCUGAAUUGAUGACAGUUCUGUCCUGCAGACAUUAUCCUUCGAAACAAAAGGUUUUGGAUGUGGCUUACUUGUAAUCAUGGAUAACGAGAUGCUGACUUUUAUGACUUGGAAUACCAAUGGGCUUAAAACAAAGCCUAAGGAUGUGAAAGCACAAAUAGAUAAGUUUAAAUGUGACGUUGCCUUCAUUCAAGAGACACAUAUUAGUCCAAAUAACAGAAGUGUUUUUGAUCUUUUUCAAGAUUCAGAAUCAUUUUUUACAACUUACAAAUCAAAGGAAAGAGGUGUGGCAAUUUUGAUAAAAAAGGAUCUUUUAGGAAAAUCAAAAACAUAUGACAUGAUGGAUGAUUCUGGCUGUUACAUUGCAGUCAAAUGUAACCUCAAAGGUCAGCUGUACACACUAGUGAGUGUAUAUGUUCACCAGGUGGAUGCAAGACCCCUAAAAAAGCUCAGAAUAUUACUUGAGAACUUUGCAGAGGGCAUCUUGCUGAUUGGAGGAGACUUUAACAUUCCUUUGAAUCCCUACCUGGACAGGAAAUCUUCAACAAAGAAUGAAAGGCACUUCAUGUUGAAACCAACUGUGGACAAAUUUAUGACAUCCUUCCAUCUUGUGGAUGUGUGGAGAAGACUUCACCCAAUAGACUGCCAGUAUUCUACAUCUCAUAACUCGAGACUGGACUAUGUUUUUGUGCCAGAAGAGUCAAUGAGACAUGUAAAAAGCUGUACAAUUUCUAUGGAAAAGUGUUGUUCUGAUCAUCAGCCAGUACUGUUUGAAAUAAAAAAAAACUGUAAAAGGAAAAGAGGACCACCAAAUCACUUCGAUGACAACACACAAAAAAAGAAACAAAAGAUCUUGAAGCAAAUGGUGGGGGUGAACACGAAACAAAAGAAAAGGGAAAUCUCUACUUUUGUGCCUGAGAUUUCAAAGCAGUGGCUCAGUUGCAAACAGGAAUAUUGGGGUAAAGAUUUUGAUUUGACGUACAGUCAAAAGUCUAUGGAAAUGAUUCCUGUUAUGGUUGUUGAAAAAGCAAUCCACUCCUUGGCAGUAAAUGAAAAUGAAUCUAAACAACAAGAUUGUAAUUCACUCUCAUUCUAUAAGCGUUACUCUUUUGCUCUGAUUCCUUAUCUGUGUGUUUUUUAUCACAAAAUACUUCAUAAACCAAUGGCCACCCCAAAGUAUUUCAACAAGGCCACAAAAGUCGGGCAACACUGCAUAUUCAAUAUUGAUUAUCUGAUUUUAACCACAAUCAUGGCCAGGUGGCUCUGUGAUCACUUGGAUUUGCAUUCAUCAGAUUACAGAAAAGACAAUAAAAAAACUGUCGUUUUGGCUUUUAAAAAUGGACCAAAAAUGAUUCCAUGGUCCUUCCUAGAGAGCUGCUUGGCAAAAGAGCAAAAGAGAAAACCCCCACUGAUGGCUGAAUUUAAGAUUGACUUUCUUAAAAAGAUUCUGAAAAACAGCAAGGACAACAGGUACAAAAUGUUGUUCUGGGGUUGCCCUUUAACUCCUGUGUUGAUGAGGCUGUGUCUCACACAUGUGGCUGAAAGAUUUAUUGAAAGAGCAAAUCAGCCAAAUUCAGAAAUCCAGAUCUGCAAAGAAAAUGUCAUUGUGAGAUUAAAUGAGAAUGUCAGAGAAGCUUUGCUGAAAAAAGCAGAGCAUGAAUUACCCACAGUGUACUGUAAAUUUGUUGAUGCUCUCAAGGAGGUAGAGUAAAUAGCUGAUUAAUUUAAAAGUGAUUGGUUUGGUUUGUAUGUUUGUGUGGGUUUCCUUCUGGUGCUCUGGUUUCCC